AUGACUUCUAAACAAAAAUAUCCUGGUUACGAAGCACUUACGUCGUAUUUGAAGCGAGAUAAAAAAUCUUUUUGGGGCUUUCUACGCCAUUGUCGAGACGCGCUUGUUGCCACUAAGCCGGUUACUUCCCGUUGGCAUGACCUUGACACGUCCUGGUGCCGUCGCUUUUUAGAAGAAGCAGAAAAGCUAUUAAACGAAAAUGACUUUAAUAAGUUAGAAAAACAG